AUGAAUGAAUAUUCGAGAGAUCUAGUUUCACAGCAUCCAUUGUAUCUUGCGAUGUGUAAAUGCGUUGAGGAUGAAUUAGAAAUGUACGAUUAUCGUGAUUUUUAUCCAGGUUGGGGAGUGAUGACAGUGGAUUAUCGGAUUCUAAUUCAAGAGUUGUUUAAGGUAGAUAAUCGAGAAGUAGAGUAUUUUAUUACAAGAGUUCAAACUCGAUACCUUGAUUUUUUAACAGACUUUAAGAGAAACUACCCACAAGAAGUUAAGAGACUUUUAAGGCUNAUUUUGUCGCUUCCUAUGUGUGAAUAUGAAAUAGAGAAUAUGAAUAAUUUUUCUAGUAGUGGUAGCAAAGGAAGCUCUAAUAAUUACAUCAAACAAUUUCCCUAUUUUAGGUGUGGUAACAAUUAUUUGACAGAAAUGGGGGACGACGAAGUAGCCAUCAUUGUAAGGGAAAUUUUCCUUCGAAUGGAGGAUAUCAAUUUGGCAGACGCCCUUACGGGUUUUGCUUUCCAUGAAUAUGAAUUGAUUCCUCGCGGUGGUUCACUAGAAGAUCCUUAUAAACUCGCAUUUCUCAACCACUUGAUAAAACCAAUAUGUUCAAUGUUGAAAAUUGCUUUAGGCAUUGUAACGAAAG